CCUCAACGCGACACGCUUUUUCAAUUGUGAUCGCAACCUCGCACGCGUCAUGGUCCAGAUUUCUCGCGCCUACUAACAUCGUCGCAUUAAUUGUACUAAAAGAGUCUUUGACAUAUACAAAAGUUCACUCCUGAUUCGCACUAAGAAAGACACCCUAUAAUCAAGAUGUCGGUCAUUCUGUGCACUGCCGGCUACGACCACACGAUCAGAUUCUGGGAAGCACUCUCUGGUAUAUGCUCCCGAACUAUCCCGCACCCAGACUCCCAAGUCAACCGUCUAUGCAUAUCGCCUGACAAGCGAUAUCUCGCCGCCGCUGGCCACCACACGGUCAAGCUUUACGAUAUCAAGUCAACCAAUCCGAACGCGAUCCUCACCUUCGAUGGCCACACGUCAAAUAUCACUGGUGUCGCCUUCCACUGCGAGUCAAAGUGGCUCGUCACCUCGUCCGAAGACGGCACAGUCAAGAUCUGGGAUACGCGAUCAGGCAACGUCCAGCGUAACUACACCCACGGUGUUCCCGUCAACGAUGUGGUUAUCCAUCCAAACCAGGGCGAACUCAUCAGCUGCGACCGUGGUGGCAACGUAAGGAUCUGGGACUUGGGAGAGAAUAAGUGUUCUCACCAGCUCAUCCCUGAGGACGAUGUGAGCGUGGCUAGUGUUACGGUUGCUAGUGAUGGCAGCAUGGUGUGUGCGGGCAACAACGCCGGCAACGUCUACGUCUGGCGCAUGAUACAGCGUAGCGAUACCACCUCCAUCCUCCCCAUCUGCAAGUUUGUCGCACAUACUACCUACAUCACCCGUGUCCUUCUUUCCCCAGACGUCCGUCACCUAGCCACCUGUUCCGCCGACCACACCGCACGCAUAUGGUCUGUUGAUCCUACUGCUCCUCACAACGUCACGCCCAACGACAACUUGCCAUCAGCUAGCGAGCGCGAUCCUGCUGCCUUCCCGUUGGAGACUACACUACACGGUCAUCAGCGCUGGGUAUGGGACUGCGCCUUCUCAGCGGACAGCGCCUACCUAGUCACCAGCUGCUCAGAUCAUUACGCGAGGCUAUGGGAACUUGGUAGCCAGAGCAUCAUUCGGCAGUACAACGGACAUCAUCGUGGUGCUGUGUGUGUUGCGCUCAACGACACGGCCGUUGGCAACUAGAGCUUCACUCUCGACGCACCAUCAAUGGACAUAGGACGAUAUCUGCAGUCAUUGAUAGCGUCUGGGAAACGAUGGACAAAGGGUUUCCGGCAUUUGCAUCAGCGUUGGCGUUCUGGCAUGGGAUGGAAAGGGUAAUGAGUUAAUGACAUCUGGUGUUUACGGCGAAUGUGGUAGCUUCUCGUCUCGCAUCAACGCAAGAAGCGAAAUGUGUAGAACACGUCUAACAAUGAGGUCAAGAAUCUGAAAACCAAAAUUUACAUCCAAGAAUACCAUAUAGUGGAU